AUGACACAAGAAAAUGGCACCACAGUGACAGAAUUCAUUCUGCUGGGAUUUUUGGUUCAGCCAGAGGUGCAAUAUGCUCUCUUCCUUGGGUUUCUCAUCGUCUAUAUAAUAUCUAUAGUGGGCAAUGCUGGCAUGAUCCUACUCAUCAAUAUUGAUUCCCGCCUUCACACUCCAAUGUACUUUUUCCUCCAACAUUUGUCCUUUGUUGACCUUUGUUAUACCUCUGCUAUCACUCCUAAGAUGUUACUAAACUUCCUGGUUUCCCACAAAUCUAUCUCCUUCUCAGGAUGUGUUAUUCAAUUGGAGGUUUAUGGAAUUUUUGCCAGCACUGAAUGUUAUCUUCUUGCCGCCAUGGCCAUAGAUCGUUAUGUGGCCAUUUGUAAACCUCUGCGUUAUCCAGUGGUCAUGUCCAGAAGAGCCUGCAUCCAGCUGGUUGCUGGAUCCUACUUCAUGGGUUCUGUGACUGCAACCAUCCAAAUUGCCUUUCUCUUUUCCCUCUCUUUCUGUAAUUCUAACAUAAUCAAUCACUUUUUCUGUGAUGCUCCUCCACUCCUUGCCCUUUCCUGUUCCAGUAUUGAUAUGAAUGUCACAAUGUUAAUUAUCAUUUCAUGCUUCAACUUGUCAAGCACUGUGAUGACUGUAUUCUUCUCCUACAUAUACAUCCUGUCUGCCAUUUUGAAAAUGCACUCUGCCACAGGGAGACACAAGGCCUUCUCCACCUGUGCCUCCCACCUGACGGCUGUCACCAUUUUAUAUGGUACUCUUUUUUACAUGUAUUUACAUCCUUCUUCCAAUGAGUCCCAAGAAAAUGAUAAGCUAGCCUCUGUAUUUUAUGGCAUCAUCAUCCCCAUGCUCAACCCCUUGAUCUACAGUUUAAGAAACAAGGAGGUCAAAGAGGCCGUGAAAGUUCUGGGGAAGAGUUGCUCGUGA